AUGCUAGCCGCUGUUCAGGAUGUCGUCGUGGCCCAAGCUGUAAAGCGCCGCCGCUCGUCCCCCUUGGGGAACAAUUUGGCUGUUGAGCCAGGGGCAGAAAUAAGCACAAGAUUCGUCACACGGCCACCGUUACCCGGCUGUCCAUCCGCCUCUGACUGCUUCUGCGCAGAAGAGCUCGAGCGGGAGAGACGAAGCAUGCCGUGGCGCCGGGAAUGGCGGCGCGCUGGAACACAAGCUUUUCUAGCCAAAGCAAGCACUUGCAUGCUCGACGUGGAGCAGUGGCUGCCUGGGGAUCAUCUGUUGAGUCACAGCGACACAGUGCAAUUGUCUGCAACACGUGAGAUAAUCAGAAUACUGAAGCAAAUGCUGUUAUCGAACCCCAGCGAGUAUGACGCAUUCGAUUGGCGAGUAGACAGGACCACGUAAACCAGCCGCUUGUUGAGUCUGUUGUUCCGCGACAGCAGUCAUCUCAGGAAAAAUUUACGAGAUGCAGCGGAUUUCGUAACAGUACAAAAUGUUGCCCAUGAGGAAAUCGAAAAGUGCUUCUGACCACCGAUCGACAAAAUAUUUUUUCUGGUCAAAAAGUACAAGCGGCUUCCGAGAAGAAGAAAAUCUUAGAAAAACAGAGCCGUGGCUUGUUGUUGAUACAUAGCAGCCUUAAAGUUAAAUUCGCAUUGAAUUUCGAAAUUUGCACUCCCACACGCAUGCCUCCUGGCUGCAGUUGAAGAUUAAGUGUAACUGGAUUUAUUUUUUCCGAAGGGCAAGAAACUCGGGCCGGUUAUCAGUUUCUUUGUAGGAUGUAACCAAUAGAUCCCAGCCCAUACGACCCGUACAUGAUAAAGGAUGAUGAGGUAGCACUACUAGCACGAUGUACGAGGCACGUGAGGUCAUGGAACCCGGACUGACAGAUUGAUCUCGCGAGCUUUUAAUAUCGGCUUUGAUCAAUUCCAUUAUACUAACAGUAACAGAAC